AUGGACGUCGAGGGCGAGGUCCCCGCUGCCGCGGCGGCGGCGGUGAUGAAUGGCCUGGGCGGCGCGGAGGAGGCCUCUGCGGCGCCGGUCUCGGCCGAGCAGCUGGACGUGGAGGCGUACGCGGCGCAGUACUCGGGCCGGACCCGCCUCGCGCGCCUCCUCUUCAUCGCGGACCGGUGCGGUGUGGAGGCGAUGCAGCUCGAGGCGCUGCGGAUGGCGUACGACGAGAUCAAGCGCGGGGAGGACGUGCAGCUCCACCGCGACGUCGCCGCCAAGAUCGGCGGCCGCCUCGGCCCGCGCUUCGGCCUCGACCAGGCGUGGGUCGACACCGUCACCCGCCGCGCCGAUCAGCGCAAGGAGAAGCUCGAGAACGAGCUCAAUGGAUACAGGACUAACCUGAUCAAAGAGAGCAUCAGAAUGGGCUACAAUGACAUUGGUGAUUUCUUCUAUGUCCAUGGCCAACUUUCGGAUGCCUUCAAAAGCUACAUCAGGACUCGGGACUAUUGCACCACUUCCAAACAUAUAGUUCAGAUGUGCAUGAAUGUGAUUCUGGUUAGCAUUGAGCUGGGGCAAUAUGCACAUGUUUCAAACUAUGUCAGCAAAGCAGAGCAAACCCCAGACUCUCUGGAUCCUAUCAUUGUCGCAAAGCUGAAGGCAGCUGCAGGAUUAGCCAACUUGGAAACAAAGAAAUACAAACUUGCUGCUCGUAAGUUUGUUGAGACAGGAAUUGAACUAGGAAACAACUACUCUGAAGUCAUAGCUCCUCAAGAUGUGGCGGUCUACGGUGCACUUUGUGCACUUGCUUCUUUUGACCGUUCAGACCUGAAGAGCAAAGUCAUUGACAAUAUCAACUUCCGUAACUUUCUGGAGCUGGUGCCUGAAGUAAGGGAGCUGGUUAAUGAUUUUUAUGCAAGUCGCUAUGGAUCUUGCUUGGGCCAUCUUGAGAAGCUAAAGCCUAACCUGCUCCUGGAUAUCCAUUUGCACGAGCAUGUAGAGACUCUUUAUAUGGAUAUUCGCCACAAAGCGAUCAUACAGUACACACUUCCUUUUAUAUCUGUUGAUCUCAACACGAUGGCAACUGCCUUUAAGACUUCUGUCACCAUGCUGGAGAAGGAGCUGGCCGCAUUGAUUACUGAGAACAAAAUACAGGCCCGGAUAGACUCCCACAACAAGAUCCUCUACGCUAGGCAUGCUGACCAGAGAAAUGCCACUUUCCAACGUGUCCUUCAAACGGGCAAUGACUUUGAGAGAGAUGUCAAGUCCAUGCUUCUGCGGGCCAACCUCCUCAAGCAUGAUUACAUUCAGAAGACGAGUGGAUCAAGGAAGAUGUAA